AUGAUCGAACUCUCGAACGACACCUUUACGAGGCAGAUGUUGGAGGACAUUGUCGCUGCGGCUUCCACGUCAAGCACUCAAUCUUGGCCGAAUCCUCGCUACAUCGUCAGCACCGCCCAGCUCUCCGUCCUGCAUCAGGGGUUUCCCUAUGGCAUCGCAAACGCGGCCGGUCAGCCGUCCAUGUCGGAUCUAUUAGACAGGCGCUUCACGGCGCGCGACCACUUCCGUCACGUCGACAACAUGGUGGCAGACCCUCUUCUCCUUCAUUUCAUCGGCGCGAGCACGACGCCCUCUUUUCAUCUCACCGAGAAGGAGGUCGUCCUCGACCGACGCGGCUCGGGUCACCCAUCUCGGUAA